GCCGCCGCCGGUGCUUUCUCGUACGGAAGCUCACGAGGUUCGGGCGUUCCGGGGCGGCUCGCGCGGGCGGGCGGAGCUCGUUGCCAAUCGAGGAUAGAGUCGGAUGGCAUGGCUUUCGUCACCCUGCGGAGGAACCUGUGCCAUUUACCUGACUUGCGGAUCCACGGAGCUCUGGCCGCUCUGAAAAGCCGGCCUGCGAAUCCCGUUCUGCACGCGAGCAGGGAGCGCCUGUGUCCGUGGCCGUGUUCGCUACGAGCUGAGUCUUUCAGAGUCGGGCUCCGUCGUGCCUGUGGUCCCAAGUUCCACGCGGAAAAUGGAGCCGGGCCUCACCCAGCCGGCGAGCCCCUCUCCUCUCCAGUAGGCCCCUGGGACAGGCUGGAGCGGAGUCUCCCCAGGGAGCAGGAGCAGGUGCAUCCCGAGAGACUGGACGGCUUCAGCUCCGCUGGAGAAGUGCUGGCUUUUGUGAGCUCCCUGGACACUCUGCCCGACGGCGUGGCAGCCAGAGCUUUGCAGCGGAUUUGCGAGCUGGAGAAAAAGCAUGGUGAUCGAGGGCCGCCCGCAGAACUCCUGGAGAACAGCGUCUUCCGGGCUGUGUGCCUCCAGUUGGAGCAGGAGCUCCCGCGCCUGUCAGGCCCGAGUCUGGUCGCUGCCCUCCGGGCGCUGAUGCUCCUACAGGUGGAUCCUCAGAGCAGCCUGAUAGGAACACUGGCGGCAGAAUGCCAGAACCGGCUCACGAGAGGAGGCCUGGAUGCUCACAGCCUUUGCGCUCUCGGGGAAAGUCUGAUUACCCUUCAAGGUCCAGGGUGUGCGGCAGUAGACAGUGUUCUGGGUCAGCUGCAGGGGGAAAACGUGGAGACAUUCACCCCCGAGGACAUCAUGGCUCUUUACAGAAUCCUGCAGGCCUGUCCUGAAAAAGUCAGCCAGCACCAGGCCUUGUUAGAUCGCCUCAACAGCGUCUCCCUUUCAGUAGUUUCCUACCUGAGCCCUAAAUCCAUCAGCCAGAUGCUCACUGCCCUGGUGGUUCUGGAUCAGACGCAGGCACUGCCUCUGGUUAUAAAGCUGGGGAAACACGUUGUGCGGCACAUCCCGCAUUUCACCAGUGAGGAGCUUGGGAAGGUCCUGGACGCUUUCAUCUACUUUGGGCAAAAUGACAGGUUCUUCACGAAGGCCUUAGAGCAGCACGUGGCUGCGCUGUGCCUCACCCUGGACGCGGAGGUGGUCAGCAGGGUCAUGGAGUACUGCGGCAGGAAACUGAUCCUGUCGCAGCCCAUCCUGGACGCCGCCGCCGAGACGUUUGUUUGCCAACCUGAGAAGUUCUCGCCCAGUCAGACUUCCAGACUGAUCGAGCCAUUCGGGAGACUCAAUUAUUUGCCCCCUAAUGCCCCCACUUUGUUUGGGAAGCUAGAAGCUAGGCUCGCCACUCAUUUCAGUUACUUCCCACCCAAAGCGCUCUUGAAACUUCUCCAUUCCUGCUCACUUAUCGAAUACCACCCGGUCAACUUCAUGCCAAAGAUAUUCAGCCCUUUUUUCCUUCAACGGCUGCAAGGGGAAGAAUCUUACUUGGACAGAGUGAGUCUGGCACAGCUGACCCAGCUCUUCCUAACCUCAGUCCUAGAAUGCCCUUUCUAUAAGGGUCCAAAACUCCUUCCUAAAUAUCAAGUGAAAUCAUUUCUUACUCCGUGUUGUUCCCUGGAGACCCCCGUGGAUUUUCAGCUUUAUAAAUCUGUGAUGAUUGGACUCAUUGACCUUUUCGGAGCAAGACUGUAUUUUGCUUCCAAAGUGUUAACACCCUAUUGUUACACCAUAGAUGUUGAAAUUAAAUUAGAUGAAGAAGGAUUUGUAUUACCAGUUUCAGUUGAUGAAGAUGUCUAUAAAAGAGUAGCACUGUGCAUUGAUGGUCCACAAAGAUUUUGCUCUAAUGGCAAACAUUUACUAGGAAGAGAGGCCAUUAAACAAAGACACCUGCAGUUGCUUGGUUACCAAGUUGUUCAGGUCCCCUAUCAUGAGAUUGAGGUACUCAAAUCGAGACUGGAGUUGGUAGAGUAUUUACAAAGCAAGCUGUUUCCUGAAAACACGGCUGCUCGUCGAUAACAAGGAAUCCUGGCUUCAGAACGUGGAAUGUGAAAGAAUGGAUGUUUUUCUACAACUUGGUAUAAAGAAAAAGUUUUGAAUUAGCUACAUUGCAGAAUUAUGUUUGUAGAUUGACGAUCUGGAGAGGGUCCAUAAGUUUCCUUAUACCAUGUGUAACAGUUACUAGUGGUAGAUUUAAAGUUCAUCUUAAUUUAAUACUAGUGUCAUAGAUAAUUUUUAUACAUCAAAUA